GCCCUCUCAGAAUUGGCAAAUAGCGAAACAGAAUUUUGGCAGGCAAAAGAACCACACAACUGAAACACCUUCAACAAUGUAUUAUCCAACACAAAACUUUCAAAACCUCGUGGCGUUACAUCAUCUGAACAAGGUACCUGGGUCUCAAAAUUGGGGAAUUAGCAUGACACAUUUCAGAUGCAGAGAUGGAAGCUGUGCCUUCCCGGACUGAUCUUCCUCUGUCUAUAUAUAGGAUCCACCAUUCUCAAACUACAUUUGCAAACUCAACUACAGCAUUUGCAUACUCAACCCCAGCUAGCCAUGGAGACAACAGCAGCAUCAGUGUUGAGGAUGGUUAGCUGCAUUCUUUUACUCGUGAGCAUUAUUUGUGUGGCUAGCUCCAAAGUCAGCAUGGCUUCAGGGCAUGACUCUCCAAAAGACAUGGAGGCGAGGUAUGGCCGAUGGCUGAGCAAGCAUGGUAGGAAGUACAGGAGCAAAGCUGAAUACAAACACCGGUUUCAGAUUUACCAGUCCAACGUUCAUUUCAUCAACCACAUCAACUCUCAGAAUCUUUCUUUCCAGCUGACUGACAACAAGUUUGCUGACCUCACCAAUGAUGAGUUCAAAUCAACCUACCUUGGUCUUCGCCGUCCUUUGGAGACUGCACACCAGAGGCUGCAGGCUGAGUGCUCUUGUGGACAUUUGCCAGCUGAAGUUGAUUGGAGGAAGAAAGGUGCUGUCACAAAGGUCAAAGAUCAAGGCCCUUGUGGAAGCUGUUGGGCAUUCUCUGCUGUGGCAGCAGUGGAAGGCUUCCACCAAAUUCAAACAGGCGAACUGCUGACUCUUUCAGAGCAAGAGCUUGUCGAUUGUGAUGUCGAUGGUGAGGACGAGGGCUGCGGUGGAGGGUUCAUGGAGACAGCAUUUGAAUUCAUCGCCCAGAUUGGGGGACUUACAACUGAGAAGAACUAUCCCUACAAGGGUAGAGAUGGCGACUGUGACGAAAAGAAACUCAAAGAUCAUCUUGCAAAGAUAAGCGGCUAUGAGAUUGUAUCUCGUAACAACGAGACAGCCCUCCAAGCUGCCGUUGCAAAACAACCUGUCUCUGUUGCAAUCGAUGCUGGUAGUUAUGAAUUUCAACUCUAUUCUAAAGGCAUUUUAACUGGAUCCUGUGGAUCUAACCUCAACCAUGGAGUGGCAGCAGUUGGGUAUGCAGUGGAGAAGGGUACCAAGUACUGGAUUGUGAAGAACUCAUGGGGCGCCGAUUGGGGAGAAGAUGGUUAUAUCAGAAUGGAACGUGAUGUUAAAGAGAAAGGUGGUAAGUGUGGCAUUGCCAUGCUAGCCAGUUUCCCUCUGUAGGGAAGAAGAUAUCUACUCCAAGAAGAAGCUCAUCUAACAUUAAGCAAAGCAUUUAGUGAACAUGCAUACGAAUUCCAGAUACAACAUGAAGUAAGCUAUUAAAGGAUUAUACAAGUCCAUGUAUUACAAUAAGUCACUGGAAGUAGCAAAAGAAAAACUGUAAACGUAUUGAGUAAACACUAAUAUAAGUAAGUUAAAAUCUAUUUUCUUUCUUUCAAUUGGAAAACCCAGGGAAAAGAUUUCCCUUGGCUCUGAAAAGAAUAUUCACAGCCUAACCCCUUACAUUCUCAUGCGUGUGAGAUGCUUCAUUUUUUGUGGUGAAAUAGGAGAGGAAAGGUUUCACAUCGAUAUAAGUUGAUAGUCUUGGUUGGAAAAAACUCAUAGUUUAGGGUCUCCAUUGAAGAACAAUUUGAUAAUUUCCC